AUGGUGAAUGUUAUGAAAGGUGUUCUCGUAGAAUGUGACCCAGCGAUGAAACAGUUUCUGUUGCACUUGGAUGAAACCUUAGCACUGGGCAGAAAAUUUAUACUACAAGACCUGGACGAAACACAUUUAUUCAUUUCAGCAGACAUUGUGGAGACACUACAAGCUCAAAUGACUUCUAGAGAAUCUGGCAGAGUCAAAGAUGUUGAACGACGGAAAGUUUUGGAUGAUGCAGCAAGGAAACGAAGAGCUAGAAAGGCUGUGGAGGCGCUGGAGCAGGACAACUUCCAUGAGGACCCACAUGCUGACUUGGUUAUGUCGAAGAAGGUGCCGAAGUUUGCAGAUUCUAAUGAAAAACCUACAAGGAAGAAAAAAUCUAAGAGUGCUGAGUAUUAUAAAAUGCGAUUUCGAAAGACAUUUGCACAGUUAGUUGAGGAAGAUGCCAGUUUUCGACCAGAUCCACCCAACUACCUGUCGGCUCAAGUGCCACCUUCUCAAUUUCCCGAUCGACAUUUCUGUGCUGUAUGUGGUUUCCCAUCGAAUUACACUUGCAUACCUUGUGGGGCACGAUACUGCUGCGUCAGAUGCCUGGGAACACACUUAGAUACCAGAUGCCUCAAGUGGACCGCUUGA